AUGGGGUUCGAAAACUAUUUUUCAUUUCAAAUCUUUUUCAUCUUUUUAAGAGAAUCCCUAGAGAUCAUUGUUAUUAUUUCUAUUCUUUUGGCAAUAGUCAAACAAGCUCUUUCCAUCCAUGAUGACCAGGAUAGAUUGAGUGAAAGUAGAAGUCGUACAGAAGAGCUAGCACCGCUAUCUUUAGAAGAAGAAGAGGAAGUCUACGAUUUUAUGGAUGGUGCAACUCCAGAGGAAAGGGAACGUUCCAAAUCAAUUGAUAGCGUAAAACUGUAUUCUACAUUAAAGAUUCAAAUUAUUUCUGGUGGUGUAUUGGGAUUAUUACUUUGUAUGCUCAUCGGUGGUACCUUUAUUGUAAUUUUCUACCAUAUCGGUGCUGAUAUUUGGGGUGCCAGUGAACACAUUUACGAAGGUGUUCUAAGUAUUUUCGCAUCAGUAAUCAUUUCUGCCAUGGGAUUAUUCUUUUUACGUAUUGGUAAAUUGAGGGAAAAGUUUAGAAUCAAGUUAGCAUCAAUCAUUUACUCCGAUAGAGGCAUGCUUUUGAGAGCACAUAGCAAUAAAACUGUCAACUUCAGUGAAAAAUACGCAUUCUUCAUCUUACCAUUUAUCACAUCGUUGAGAGAAGGUUUGGAGGCUGUUGUAUUUAUUGGUGGUGUUGGGAUAGAUCAACCACUGACUUCAAUCCCAUUAUCAAUGCUUAGCGCUUGUUCCAUCAGCGGUAUAUUUGGUUAUUUCUUUUUCAAAUAUUCUGAGUCCCUAUCGUUGAAGAUUUGUCUUGUGGUCACUACUUGCUUCCUUUACAUGAUUGCAGCUGGGUUGUUCUCAAAAGGUGUUUGGCAACUGGAACUACAGGACUAUAUCAAUAAAUGCGGCGGUCAAGAUAUGAGUGAAGUCGGUAGUGGUCCUGGUUCAUAUGACAUUUCUAGAUCUGUCUGGCAUGUUAACUGCUGUAAUGGUGAGACUGAUGGCGGUUGGAUGAUUCUAACUGCCAUAUUUGGUUGGACCAAUAGUGCUACCUAUGGUUCAGUGACCAGUUACAUCGUCUAUUGGUUAGCUAUUAUUGCAGUCAUUCAUCUUUUGAAGUCAGAGGAAAAGGGAUAUAUUCCGUAUUUGCCAAUCAGGUUGCAAAGGAGCCGUAUGAUGAAGAGAUUAAAGAUUGCAAAGGCUUCUCUAGAUUUGAAAUCUGCAAAUACAUCUGGUCCAUCUGGAUCUGGCUCUUUACCCGUAUCUGGCCAUAGAGAUUCUGGUGACAGCUCUACACCAUUAUAUGAUCAAAGUAAUGAAGAUCACGGUGCUACUCGCUAA